AUGGGUUCAAGUUCUAGGUCACAUAAAAGACAAAAGGUAGAUCAUGUAGAUGAUUCAACUGCUGAAAUAGUAGCUGAACAAUCGGAAGAAAGUUUGAAAAGUCAUCCACAUCCUACUACUGAAUCAUCAAUGAUUCAUCAUGAUCAAGGAGAAUUUAAAAAUAUAACAAGACAUAAAACAACAGCAGAACAAGGUGAAACUUUAGAAAAUGGACCAAUUAAUCCUUUCACUGGUAAUAAAUUCACUGAUCGAUAUUUUUCAAUUUUAAAAACGAGACGUGAUUUACCUGUUCAUUAUCAAAGACAAGAAUUUUUAAAUAUAUUCCAUUCAAGUCAAAUUAUGGUAUUUGUUGGUGAAACAGGUUCUGGUAAAACUACUCAAAUUCCUCAAUUUGUUUUAUAUGAUGAAAUUCCACAUUUAAUUAAUAAACAAGUUGCAUGUACUCAACCAAGAAGAGUUGCAGCCAUGUCUGUUGCGGCAAGAGUUGCUGAUGAACUCGAUGUAAAAUUGGGUGAAGAAGUAGGUUAUAGUAUAAGAUUUGAAAAUAAAACUAGUCCUAAAACUAUAUUAAAAUAUAUGACUGAUGGUAUGUUAUUAAGAGAAGCAAUGGAAGAUCAUAAUUUGAAUAAAUAUUCAUGUAUAAUAUUAGAUGAAGCACACGAGAGAACAUUAGCAACUGAUAUUCUAAUGGGUUUAAUUAAACAAGUUUCAAAGAGAAGAAAAGAUUUAAAAAUUAUAAUCAUGUCUGCAACUUUAGAUGCUGAAAAAUUUCAAAAUUAUUUCAAUGAUGCGCCGUUAUUAGCUGUACCUGGUAGAACACAUCCUGUUGAAAUAUAUUAUACACCAGAGUAUCAAAAAGAUUAUUUGGAUGCUGCAAUACGUACAGUUUUACAAAUUCAUGCAACUGAACCAGAAGGUGAUAUUUUAUUAUUCCUCACAGGUGAAGAAGAAAUUGAAGAUGCAUGUAAAAAAAUAUCAUUAGAGGGAGAUGAAUUAGUUAGAGAACAAGGGUGUGGGCAAGUAAAAGUAUACCCAUUAUAUGGUUCAUUACCACCACAUCAACAACAAAAAAUUUUCGAACCAGCUCCAACUUCAAAUAAUCCUAAUAGACCAGGUAGAAAAGUAGUUAUAUCUACAAAUAUUGCUGAAACUUCAUUAACUAUAGAUGGGAUAGUAUAUGUUGUUGAUCCAGGUUUUUCAAAACAAAAAGUUUAUAAUCCUAGGGUUAGAGUAGAAUCAUUAUUAGUAUCACCAAUUUCAAAAGCUUCAGCUCAACAAAGAGCAGGUAGAGCAGGUAGAACUCGUCCAGGUAAAUGUUUCAGAUUAUAUACUGAAGAAGCAUUUAGAAAAGAGUUGAUCGAACAAAGUUACCCAGAAAUUUUACGUUCAAAUUUAUCUUCAACAGUUUUAGAAUUGAAAAAAUUGGGAAUUGAUGAUUUGGUACAUUUUGAUUUUAUGGAUCCUCCAGCACCAGAAACUAUGAUGAGAGCAUUGGAAGAAUUGAAUUAUUUACAAUGUUUAAAUGACGAUGGGGAUUUAACGAGUUUAGGAAGAUUAGCAUCACAGUUUCCUUUGGAUCCAAUUUUAGCAGUUAUGUUGAUUGGAAGUUCCGGUUUUGAAUGUAGUGAAGAAAUAUUAACUAUUGUUGCAAUGUUAUCAGUACCAAAUGUAUUUGUGCGUCCAAUAAGUGCAAGAAAAAGAGCAGAUGAAGCAAAAAUGCAAUUUGCACAACCUGAUGGUGAUCAUUUAACUUUAAUAAAUGUAUAUGAAGCAUUCUUGGAGGAUCAUGGUGAUUUAUCUCCUCAUCAAUGGUGUAGAGAAAAUUUCCUAUCUUAUAGAUCAUUAACAUCUGCUAAAAAUGUUAGAAAUCAAUUGUAUAGAUUAAUGGAGAAAUAUGAUCUUCCGAUAGUUUCAAAUUAUGGAGAAAUACCAGAUGCAAAAUAUUGGGAAAAUAUUAAAAAGGCAUUAAUUGGAGGAUUCUUUAUGCAAGUUGCCAAAAAGAAAUCAAAUAAUAAAAAUUAUUUAACUAUAAAAGAUAAUCAAGAUGUUAUGAUACAUCCAUCUACUAUUUUAUCAAAAGAAGGUGAAUGGGUGAUAUAUAAUGAAUUUGUAUUAACUUCAAAGAAUUAUAUUAGAACAUGUACAAUUGUAAAACCUGAAUGGUUGGUUGAAAUUGCACCAAAAUAUUAUAAUUUAGAUCAUUUCCAAAAAGGUGAUGUAAAAUUAAGUUUAGAAAGAGUCAUAAGUAAAGUUGAAAGUAAGAGGAAUAGCAAAUAG